CAAGCGACUCGCUUUGCUCAACAGCGUCGCAUAGUGUUUGGAGUUGCAAGUCGAAAGGCCGCGACCGUCAUCUGAUGCCACUAUCUCCAUCACUGGCACCAUCGGCGCCACCGCCGGUUGGUCGAUGCGAUCCGCGACUGGAUGACAGUCAGGCGGACGACUGGAUUCAACUCCCCGCAGCAACGCGGCAGAGUCUUGGCGUGGGUCUCGCUGCUCUAUCGGCUCUGAUCUCCACGUUUGCGCUGCUCAUCAUGAAGCACUCGGCUGAUGUCGAGAAGGGCCUCCCGCUGCGGCCCAGCUGCAAGCACCCGUGGCGCAAGCGCUGGUGGAUAGGAUUCAUAAUGAACACUGGCAGCGAGCUGGGCAUUUCGACAUUCGCACUCAUGUUUGUGCCGAUGACGGUCAUCGCGCCGGUCAACGGCUCCGCCGUUAUAUUCUCCGCCCUUGUCGCGCGCCUCGGAUGGGUCUCGGAUCGCAUCUACCGCAUCACCCAGGUGCGGGAGUACCUCUCCUAUCUCGAGUGGCUGGCGCUGCUCAUCGCUGUCACCGGCAUUGUCCUCUGCGCGGUGUUUGGGCCGUCGCCCGAGAACACGCUGCCGCUGCCAGAGGUGCAGGAGCAGUUCUCGGGCGCCCCCUUCCUCGCGCUCGCCAUUCCCGCCGGCGUGUACGUCGUGCUGUGCGUGGCCAUCCUCGUGAUCACGACCGCCGUCGAGGAUCCUCCGAAGGCCGCCGAGCUCUGGGUCACCUGGCUCGCGCUCGGCGUGCUGGUCGCUUCCGCUCCAACGCAGCUGUGGCUGCUCAACUGGGCGCUCGGCUCGGGGAAGGCUUCGUUCACGGUCCCGCUCUACACGGUGAUGAUCAUCUCGACCAACAUCGUGCUCGGCGGCCUGCUCUUCGACGAGUUCGCCUGCCUGUCGCGCGCGUACCUCUUCGUCUGCGCGUUUGUCAUGGUGGUGGUUGGCGUGUGCCUGCUCUCGCCGGCCAGUGGAGGGAAGCAGCCGGGCAACAGCGUCACCCUCUUCGUCUCCAUCGCCGGCGCCUCGACGGCGCACGCCUCUGUCGACAUCUUCCGGCCGAGGGAGGUGCGGCGCUCGCGGCGAAACGAGCGACUGUCCAUGUCCACCAACCCGCUCUCCUCGCAGAACCGGGCGCACACCGCGUUUGGGUCGCGGCGCAACGCGCUCGAGCAGAUCAUCGCUCAGCGGCAGCCGUCCCCCGCCGGAAGCCCGACCCCUACGAGCUGCUCCUCUCCGGUGGCCCCACAGCUCUGCCCGGGCUCCCACGGCUCUGUUCGGGCAGAGGAGCUACCGGCGCCGAUAAAAUUAGAAUUCGCGUACAACACGAAAAACAAAAAGGCUGCCUCCGUCGUCCUAAUCUAA